AUGGGUAUCUUAAACCGGGCCCUGUUGAUUGCCGCAGUGCCACUAUUGGCCGCAAUUGGCACACAAAUAGCCUUCUACCAAGACGAUGCCACCAAUUUCACCAGAUGCGCAGACCAAAGAUAUAACACAGAGAUUCUCUCCGUUGAUCCUCUCGUUAUUCAUAUCGACAAUUUCGUCAGUGAACAAGAGAUAGACUACGUCAUUCAAUUAGGGAAGCCUCUUUUCCAAGAUUCCCAGCUAUUUGACGAUGCGCAGGUGCGCUCCGUCGACAAACCGUACCGAUCAUCGUCGACUGCAUUUUUGCCAUACGAAGACCCAGUUUGUCAUUGUGUUGGGCAGCGAGCGCUGAAAUUUCUGGGUUUUAUCGAACACGAGGCAUAUGAGAGGCUACAGCUUGUGCGCUAUUAUCCAGGCCAGGAAUACAAUUUGCACAGUGAUUGGUUACAUCGGCCGAAAGUCAGUCGUUCUCCACAGGAUCAAGGGCGGGAAUAUAAUCGCCUAGGAAGUUUCUUCACUUAUCUUGGGGGCAAUGCGACCGGUGGCGAGACUUACUUCCCCUUCGUUAACGGGGCAAGCAUCAAUGCGGAUGGCCGAAAAUAUGCUAUCCCGGCCAGUGGUCAAGGGCUGGUGGUGAGACCGACCAAGGGAAGUGCACUAUUCUGGAUGAACCUCCAUGCCAGUAAUGGAACGGGCGAUGAACGGACAUUCCAUGCCGGCUUACCUGUUCAUUCGGGAGUCAAAUACGGGAUGAAUGUCUGGACCAAGCAUUACAAGUCAUUUCCCAUCAUAGGACCAUACAUAUCACAGGAAGAUCGGCCGCAGGAUACUUAG